AUUAAUAGGUAUAUUAUUAUAAAAUUAAAAAUUGUAUAAUAGUAUAAAAUAUCUUCAAACUAUUUUAUAACUAUUUAUUUAUUUUUGUAUUUUUGCAAAUUUAAUUAUGUAGUAUCUAUUAUGUAUACUUGUGAAUAACUGUUUAUAGAAGUCUGUGUAUAAUAAUUCUAUAUUAUUAUUUAUGACUGAAAGACAUACAUGCACAGAACAAGUCAGUUCAUCAAUAAAUACAGAUUAUAAUAUAAUAUUAUAUUAUAUAAAUGAAACAUCAGCUGUAAUAGAAUAAUCGAUCAAAUCCAUGGAUGGAGUCUGCAGAGUGGCAUGAGACUGUUUUUGUGAUUGGUAAAAGAACAAAUGAAGGAACAUUUGAUGUUGAAAAUUGCAAAGUGUUUGAUAAAAACGGUUAUCGUUGGAUUGUUGAGCAAGAGUUUUAUAAAAGAUUAGAAAUACCUGAAGAUCCAGGUAAAUGGGAUCAAGUGCAAGUUCAUACUUGGAUGCAAUGGGCUAAAAAUGAAUACAAUUUAACUAAUUUAAAUAUUACUGGAUUAACAAUAAAUGGGAAACAGUUAAUAUCAGAUAAUUUUUGUUGGAAUAUUGCUGGUUUGGAAAACAAAUCAUCAAAUGAUGAUUUUUGGACACACGUUUGUCUGCUUAAAACUAUGCACAAAGUAUACAUUAAACAAAAUGAUGAAGAAUGCAUUGAUAUAUGUAUAAUUUUAAAUUAUAAAAAUAAAAUGCAUUUAAAUUCAGAUUUUAAUCAUGGUAUAGAAAUUUGGCAAUUUUUACUAAAUUUAUUAACAGAUAGUGAAUAUCAAAAUGUGAUUGAAUGGGUCAAUAAUGAAGGAACAUUCAAAAUAAUAAAACCAAAUACCGUUAGUAUUAUGUGGGGUUUGAUUAAAAACAAUUGGAGAAUGAACUAUAGUAAAAUGGCUGCAGCAUUAAGAUACCAUUAUGGAAAAGGCAUUUUAGAACGAGCCAAGGGAAAACAUGUAUAUAAAUUUGCUGGUGAUAUAAAAUCUAUGAUUGGAUAUAAUCCUAUGGAUAUGAAGAGUAUGUUUCAACAAGAAUCUAUUUAAGGUACAUAAUAAUUGUAUUAUAUUAAAAAUUAAAAAUUGUAUUGCCUAUGCUGGUUCUCAUAAAAAACUUAUUCAUUUAAUGGUUCACUAAAAUUUGAAUGGACUGAUCAUGGUUUACUUAAUUAUGUUUAAAGAACCACUGGACUACAACUGAUUCAUUAAUUUUUUGGUGAAACAAAUAAACAAUCAUUUAUGCAACUUA